AUGACAGUCUCCUACAUUAACGGGCAGGGCCAGCGAGUAAGACCAUUUCAGCCUGAGGUGCCUGCAUACUCGAUCCCCCAGGACACAACAUGGAACGACCCAAACAAUCGCCGGCUGCGUGUCAUUACGAUUGGCGCUGGAUUCUCGGGCAUCCUGAUGGCGUAUCAGGUGCAGAAGCAGUGUCAGAACAUGGACCAUGUUGUUUAUGAGAAGAGCGGCGAUAUUGGGGGAACCUGGCUCACGAAUCGAUAUCCAAACGCUGGCUGUGACAUUCCCAGUCAUGCGUACACUUAUCGAUUUGCAUUAUACCCCGACUGGCCGCGUUACUUCUCCUAUGCCGCCGAUAUCUGGGAAUAUCUAGACAAGGUGUGCAAUGCCUUCGAUCUCCGAAAGUACAUGCAGUUCCAUACAGAAGUGAUUGAGAGUCGCUGGGUCGAAGACAAGGGCCAGUGGAAUGUUCGUCUCCGGCGACAGCUGCCUGGACAUGAGCCGGUGGAGUUUGACGAUUACUGCCAUGUGCUACUCAACGCAUGCGGAUGGCCCGAUACGCCAGGACUGCACCAGCGCUUCAAAGGGCGGGUCGUCCACACCGCGAGCUGGCCAGACAACUACAAGCCAGAGCAGUGGAAAGACGAGCGCGUCGCAGUCAUCGGCUCCGGUGCAUCUUCCGUUCAGGCUGUCGCUGGUAUGCAACCACGUACAGGCCAUCUUGACGUCUUUGUACGCACCGGCGUCUGGUUCGGCGUUUUAGCAGGCAACACAGGGACACCAACAAAGGUUUACAGCGAGAGUGAAUGCACCGAAUUCAAGACCAAUCCGACAGCCUUGGUCGACCAUGCAAAGAGCAUCGAGGCCGAGGUUAAUGGCAUGUGGGGAGCCUUCUACCGCGACUCGGUGGCUCAGAAGGGGGCAUCGAAUUUCUUCCGCCAGCGCACUGCCAGUAUCAUCAAGGACGAGCGCUUGGCUCAAGGCUUCACGCCUGAAUUUGGCUUUGGUUGUCGUCGGAUAACACCCGGAGACCCUUAUAUGGAGGCCAUCCAGCAGUCCAAUGUCGAUGUCCAUUUCACUGCUGUUGCCAGCUGUACUGAAGAUGGUGUCGUUGGGGCGGACGGUGUAGAGAGGAAGGUAGACACCAUUGUCUGUGCGACUGGGUUCGACAACACUUAUCGUCCGCAGUUUGCGACCAUCGGGCGGAAUGGAGUCGACCUCCGCGACAAGUGGGAGAAAAGCCCCGAGGCGUAUCUCGGGCUCGCUGUGCCGGAGAUGCCCAACUACCUCACGUUCAUCGGCCCGUCAUGGCCUAUUCAGAACGGCAGUGUCAUGGCCCCCCUGCAUUCGGUCUCCGAGUAUGCAAUCCAGCUGCUGAAGAAGAUGCAGAAUGAGAAUAUCCGCAGCUGGGUUCCUCGACAGCAGGUUACAGACCAGUUCAACGAGCAUGUCCAGGAGUGGGUGAAGCACACUGUCUGGAGUGACGAUUGUCGAAGCUGGUAUAGAAACAACGAAACGGGCCGCGUCAACGCCAUCUGGCCAGGCUCGUCGCUGCAUUAUCAGCAGGUAAUCGAGCGGCCGCGGUACGAGGACUUUGAGAUCCGCUACUUCGAAUCGAACCCCUGGGCGCAUCUGGGAAUGGGGUGGACUGCCCUAGACCGCGCAGGGGGGAAAAAGGCAGAUGUCUCGCCGCAUUUAUGCUUGGACAAUAUCGACCCGAUAUGGUUCAAAGCAAUUGGUGGCGACCUGAAUAUGCUCGAGUGGCAGCGAUAUAAAGCAAAUACCAAAUCACAGAACAAGGCCGGUGAGGCAGACACUUAA